UAAUGAUAGUUGAUAUAGAGGAUAAAGAUAUUGAUGAAAAACAUGAAAUUCCAAUUUAUCCACUUCUUCAAUAAGAUUAAAAUACAAUAAUAGAAGUGAGAAAUGUUCAUAAAACAUAUUUAUUGGGAUUAGAAGGAGUCACUGCUUUAAGAGGUUAAAAUAUUGAAAUUACACUUUUUAGGUGUAUCCUUUAAUGUUUAAGAAAGAGAAUUCAUUACAAUAUUGGGAACAUCUGGAUGUGGCAAGACAACAUUACUUAAUUUGUUAGGUAGUAUUGAUUUACCCACAAAAGUAUAAUUCAUAAUCCUAAUGUAAAAUAGGGGGAUGUGAGAAUUUGUGGUCAAAGAAUUAGGGCAUCUACAGAUGAUAAAUUCCUUGCCUCUCUUAGAUUAUCUUCUUUGGGAUUUGUUUUCUAAACUUUCAAUUUAAUAUCAUCAUUGACAGCAUUAGAGAAUGUGGAAUUGCCAAUGAUUCUCAAAGGAACACUAAAUAAAACUUAAAUAAGAUCAUAUGCAAUUUAAUUAUUAGAAAAAGUUGGAUUAAGUGGUCGAUUGAAUCAUUAUCCAAAUUAAUUGUCAGGAGGAGGUAAGAUAUAUAUAUAUAUAAUUUUAGAAUAAUAAAGAGUUACAAUAGCAAGAGCAUUAUCUAAUAAUCCAUCUAUAUUAUUAUUAGAUGAGCCAACUGGAGAUCUUGAUACAAAGAAUUCAGAUUUGAUUAUGAAGAUUAUUAUUGAUUUAAAUAUUGAAAAGGGUAUUACAAUAAUAAUGGUUACGCAUGAUACUAACUUAAAAAACUUUUCAACUAGAACAAUUAGAAUGCUUGAUGGUAAAGUAGCUAAUGAUGAAGUAAUAUUAAUGAAUUAUUAUCAUAUAGAGAAACGAUGAAAAAAAUAGAAAAAAACAUAUAGAAGAUCUAACAAGAGUAGUAAGAUAAUAUUAAGAUAUUAAUAUUAAUUAUGGGGUUCGUGCAGGAACUGUAGAAGAGAAUAGAUCAAGGUAUUUAUAAUUAAAUAUUUAUAGUAUAUCUAAAACUGAGAGGAGAAAGCCUAACAAUUAUAAAGUUUUAAAUCACCUAUAUACUACAAAUGGUAUAUUGAAUAAUCGAGAAGAAUUAUCAUCUAAAAGAUAAAAUGGAUCUAUUCAAAUAGAAAAUCCAAAUCUAUAUGUCUAAAACAAAGAAUCUAUCUAAGAAUGAA